AUGUCACGAUCAUCCAUCUUGAAAACCAGCAGCUUGAUGGUGACUAUUAUAAAACAAGAGUCAUCAGAAAUUGGGCCUUCCCUCGUGAUUCACACCACUGUCCCAUUUGGAGUUACAUACUUGGAACACAGCAUUGAGGAUGUGCAGGAGUUAAUCUUCCAGCAGCUGGAAAACAUUUUGCCAGGUUUGCCUCAGCCAAUUGCUACCAAAUGCCAGAAAUGGAGACAUUCACAGGUUACAAAUGCUGCUGCCAACUGUCCUGGCCAAAUGACUCUGCAUCGCAAACCUUUCCUUGUCUGUGGAGGGGAUGGAUUUACUCAGUCCAACUUUGAUGGCUGUAUCACUUCUGCCUUAUGUGUUCUGGAAGCUUUAAAGGAUUAUGUUUAGUGCCUAUAUCCUUAUUCUCUACAUGUACAUUAGGUUUUUAUUUUCACAAUUUUCUGUUAUUGAUCAUUUUGUUUUCUAUUUUGUUAAGAAAAAUUACUGGAAAAAUGUUUUUCACUUAUCAUUUUUCAUGUGGAGUAUAAAAUCAAUUUUGUAAUUUUAAUAGUUACAACCCAUGCUAGAAUGGAAAUUCCUCACACCUUGUACCUUUCCCUACUUUUCUGAAUUGCUAUGACUACUUGUUGGAGGAAAAGUGGUACUUAAAAAAUAACAAAUGACUCUCUCAAAAAAAAUACAUUAAAUCGCAAUAGCAGUUCAUGUGCCAAAAACUUGAUUGUCCUCAUUAAAAUUUCAAUUCUGAAUAAAGAAUAAUCACAUUAUCAAGGCCCCA